AGAGCGCAUCAGACCGUUGUGAAAUAGAGAGAGAGACCAUAGAGAUGUUGUGAGCCAGAGAGCACGAGGUCAGUUAAUUGAAACCGCUAAACCCAAACCCACACAGUUGUGUUAAUUUGACUGAAGACUGACAGAUCUAACGGACAUAUUUAAUGGUUAUUAUAUUCUCUCCCUAUUGGACUAUUUUAUUGGAAUAAUAACACUAAAAUACUCCACCACAACUCGGUAUCAUCCCACGGCAAGGCAGUAUCAUCCCAGCGGCAAGGCAGUAUCAUCCCACGGCAAGGCAGUAUAUUCCCAGCGGCAAGGUCGCUGAGAAGAGGGAACACAGUGAUCCAGGACCUGAGAGUCUAUCUGUCUGUGUGUGUGUGUGUGUGUGUGUGUGUGUGUGUGUGUGUGUGUGUGUGUGUGUGUGUGUGUGUGUGUGUGUGUGUGUGUGUGUGUGUGUGUGUGUGUGUGUGUGUGUGUGUCUGUCUGUGUGUGUCUGAGUCUCUGAGAGUCUGUCUGUCUGUUUGUGUCUGAGUCUCUGAGAGAGUGUCUGUCUGUUUGUGUGUGUGUCUUUGAGUGUGUGUCUUGUUGUUGCUGCAUCUGUGUGAGUGAGGAUGAGGUCAUCAGGACUACUGCUGUGUGUACUGGCUGUAGCGACGGUGUCCUCCUCCCGGUUCCCCCGUGACACAUCAUCUCAGAGCCCCAGGGUCAUUACAGAGGAGACCAACCCCACAAACCUUCUCCUGGAUACUCUGAACCCCAACAGCUCCCUCCCUGUUCCCCCUCUCCCUCCCGCCUUCCGACCACGCCCACCAGGCCCCUACCCCCCCAUGUGUAUCAAGCCCACAGAGAUUAAACAAGCCUUUAAGUAUGUGAACACGGUGGUGAGCUGUGUGAUCUUGGUGGUGGGGAUGAUCGGUAACUCCACCUUAUUAAGGAUCAUCUAUAAGAACAAGUGUAUGAGAAACGGACCCAACGUUCUGAUUGGCUCUCUUGCCUUGGGGGAUCUUCUCUACAUCCUCAUCGCUAUCCCCAUCAACGUCUUCAAGCUGAUAGCAGAGGACUGGCCGUUUGGGGUUCAUGUAUGCAAGUUGAUGCCAUUUAUCCAGAAGGCUUCAGUAGGAAUCACUGUCCUCAGCCUGUGUGCCCUGAGCAUCGACAGGUACCAUGCGGUGACGUCGUGGAGUAGGGUGAAGAGGAUAGGGAUCCCUCUGUGGAAGGCUAUGCAGGUCACAUUCAUAUGGCUGGUUGCUGUCCUGCUGGCUGUUCCUGAGGCUGUGGCCUUUGACAUGAUGGAGAUGCCUUACAGAGGCAGCAAGCUACGAGUCUGUCUGUUACAUCCCCAACAGAACACUGCUUUUAUGAAGUUCUACCAGGAUGUAAAGGACUGGUGGUUGCUAGGGUUUUAUUUCUGUCUUCCUCUGGCCUGCACCGGCAUCUUCUACACCCUGAUGUCCUGGGAGAUGUUGAGCAGGAAGAAAGGCAUGAGGAUCGCUCUCAACGACCACAUGAAACAGCGUCGCGAGGUGGCUAAGACAGUCUUCUGCUUGGUGGUGAUCUUUGCACUGUGCUGGCUACCGCUCCAUCUCAGCCGCAUCCUGAAGAAAACGAUUUAUGAUCAGAACGACCCCAACCGCUGUGAACUACUCAGUUUCCUGCUAGUGAUGGAUUAUAUCGGUAUCAACAUGGCGUCUCUCAACUCCUGUAUCAACCCUGUUGCUCUCUACUUUGUCAGCCAGAAGUUCAAAAACUGUUUCAAGUCUUGUCUGUGCUGCUGGUGUACAAGGAGCAGGAAUGUGAUUCCAGAGAGAGACGGUGUCCGCUGGAAGGGAAGCUGUCAUGGCAACGAACUCGACAGAACAAGCUCUCGUUCCAGUCAGAAAUACACCUCCACCUAAACACACACACACACACACACACACAGGUACAUUCAUGUGAACACACACUAGCCCUUCCCUCCUGUCCAGUCCAGCUAAACCCAACCUAACCUAACCCAGCCCCAUACCCCCUCCUUCUAAACCCAACCCAACCUAACCCAGCCCCAUCCCCUCUCCUUCUAAACCCAACCUAACCCAGUCCCAUCCCCUCUCCUUCUAAACCCAACCCAACCUAACCCAGCCCCAUCCCCUCUCCUUCUAAACCCAACCUAACCCAGCCCCAUCCCCUCUCCUUCUAAACCCAACCUAAACCAGUCCCAUCCCCUCUCCUUCUAAACCCAACCCAACCCAGCCCCAGCCCCAUCCCCUCUCCUUCUAAACCCAACCUAACCUAACCCAGCCCCAUCCCAUCCCCUCUCCUUCUAAACCCAUCACUGUGACAUCACUGUGUAGCAAUGAAACAGACAGCCUGCAUCGGACGAAAACAAACCAAUGACCCAAGCUAGCCCUAAUACUUACCAUGGAGUGAAGCAAAGCAAAGCUAUCCCUAAUACUUACCAUGGAGUGAAGCAAAGCAAAGCUAUCCCUAAUACUUACCAUGGAGGGAAGCAAAGAUAUCCCUAAGCAAAGCUAUCCCUAAUACUUACCAUGGAGUGAAGUAAAGCAAAGCUAGCCCUAAUACUUACCAUGGAGUGAAGCAAGGCAAAGCUAUCCCUAAUACUUACCAUGGAGUGAAGCAAAGCAAAGCUAUCCCUAAUACUUACCAUGGGGUGUGGGUAAACCAACGCUAUCCCUAAGCAAAGCUAUCCCUAAUACUUACCAUGGAGUGAAGCAAAGCAAAGCUAUCCCUAAUACUUACCAUGGAGUGAAGCAAAGAUAUCCCUAAGCAAAGCUAUCCCUAAUACUUACCAUGGAGUGAAGCAAGGCAAAGCUAUCCCUAAUACUUACCAUGGAGUGAAGCAAAGAUAUCCCUAAGCAUAGCUAUCCCUAAUACUUACCAUGGAGUGAAGCAAAGCAAAGCUAGCCCUAAUACUUACCAUAGAGUGAAGCAAAGCAAAGCUAUCCCUAAUACUUACCAUGGAGGGAAGCAAAGAUAUCCCUAAGCAAAGCUAUCCCUAAUACUUACCAUGGAGUGAAGCAAGGCAAAGCUAUCCCUAAUACUUACCAUGGAGUGAAGCAAAGAUAUCCCUAAGCAAAGCUAUCCCUAAUACUUACCAUGGAGUGAAGCAAAGCUAUCCCUAAUACUUACCAUGGAGUGAAGCAAAGCAAAGCUAUCCCUAAUACUUACCAUGGAGGGAAGCAAAGCUAUCCCUAAUACUUACCAUGGAGUGAAGCAAAGCUAUCCCUAAUACUUACCAUGGAGGGAAGCAAAGCUAUCCCUAAUACUUACCAUGGAGGGAAGCAAAGCUAUCCCUAAUACUUACCAUGGAGUGAAGCAAAGCAAAGCUAGCCCUAAUACUUACCAUGGAGGGAAGCAAAGCUAUCCCUAAUACUUACCAUGGAGGGAAGCAAAGCUAUCCCUAAUACCUACCAUGGAGUGAAGCAAAGCAAAGCUAUCCCUAAUACUUACCAUGGAGGGAAGCCAGGCUAGCCUUAAUACUUACCAUACUGACAUCUGAAUUAGAUGUUGAGUUACACAUGAUGACCAGACCAGACAAAAGCUAGUGUUUCUCACAGUAGCAGACAAGGUUUAUCUCAAUACUGGCAUCAGACAGAGAGGGGCCAACUUAAUGUCUGCAGGGCUGCAUCAUCAUGUGAUACACAGCACAGAGUAGAGCCAGGAGAGGACAGACAUGAAAUGUCAUGGCACAUUAGAGUCAUGCGGUCGGAUCGACUUCACAAAGACCGUUAACAAGCGACAGGUAAAUCUCUGUAAUACUGUUAUGAUCAUGUUAAGAUCUGUGUAUGCUGUUGUUUCGUCUUCUUACAGCUAGUGGUACUCUGUAGAAAGCCUUACCUGAGGUUGCACAGUUCCCAGAACUUUCUCAAAAUUACCAGGUUUUCCCGAAGUCCUGGUUGGUGGAUUCUGGAUUUCCUGUCUAGGCCUAUUCUCUCCUGAUUCUGGGAAUCUUCCAAGCCGGAAUGUCUGGAAAACCUGGGGAUUUUUUGGGAAAGUUAGCGUCAUUUUGUAACCCUAAUAUAGCCUUCCCACCAGUAUGUAUAAAGCUUCCAACUUGGUCUAAAGAUUGCCUGAGUGCCUUCAGAUGUAUUUUUAUAAAAGAAAUAUCUUAUUGCAAGACAUCUUUUCAAACUGUCCAAAUUAUUACCACUUAUCUUUACAAAUACUGUAUUAUAUGUUGUGAUUAUCAUCAAAUAUAUUUACUUUACCAAUGUGUUUUCCUAUUAUGUAAAAUAUAACUAUUGCUGGAGUUUUUCAUAUUAACAGAGGUUUUCUAUUGAACCUAUACCUGUAUCUAUUACCUGUAUAACUAACCUGCCUGUAUCUAUUACCUGUAUAACUAACCUGCCUGUAUCUAUUACCUGUAUAACUAACCUGCCUGUAUCUAAUGCAGCAAUAAAUACUAUUUUAUCACA